AGUUUGGGUUUUAAAAUUUUGCUUAUUUUAUGUUUUCUGUUUGUAUCCCUCUUUUUCCUUAUUUUCUUUCAGGUUUGUUUCUUUUUCAUCUGUUUUCAGUUAGCAUUCCGGCAUUCAAGCUGUGACCCCUUUAACUCACUGCGUUGGGAGCUGACUUUUUGGUUUGGGUUUUGACUUUUGUUUUUGUGCUUUGGUUUCCUAAUUUUGAGUUAAGUCUUAGGUUUUUAAUUUUGCUUUUUGUUUUUAUCUUGAUUUACUUUUCACUUUUAAUUUUUCAUUUCUUAUUUUACUUUAUUCUCCUUUAUUCCUUUUUUCUUUGAUGGAGUUCUCGCAAACAUGCCACCCAUGGCGCCUAAUCAGCCCAAGAAAGAGACUGCAAGACUCAGCCGUGUGCCCACCUUCUUCGGCGAAGAGAUAUUCACCAGUCAAUACACCGUCCUGAGGAAGUUAGGCCAGGGCGCCAACGCCAAGGUGAUGCUGGCCCAGCACCGUCUCACGGGUGUCCCAGUAGCCGUGAAAGUGCUCGUGAGGGAGAAGCCCUGGCGCCAGCUGGCUGUUUCAGAAGUGGACAUUCUGAUGACCAUCAGCCACCCAAACAUUGUCUCUCUCUUCCAAGUCAUCGAAACAGAAAAGAAUAUCUACCUCAUCAUGGAGAUGGCUGAGGGAGAACAGCUGUUCCGUCACGUCUGUGAUGCCGGACGCUUGCAGGAGGAGGAGGCCCAAGGACUAUUUCACCAAAUCAUAGGUGCCGUGGGCUACUGCCAUGACCAUGGCAUAGUCCACAGAGACCUGAAGCCUGAUAAUAUCAUUGUAGACAGCGCUGGAAGAGUGAAGAUCAUCGACUUUGGCCUGGGGGUCAAGGUCAGGCCUGGAAAACUGCUUGAGAAGCCUGGAGGGGCAUUCCAGUUUGGUGCCCCUGAAUUCUUCCUAGGGGUGCCAUACGAUGGCCCUAAAGUAGACAUCUGGACUUUGGGGGUCCUCUUGUUCUUCAUGGUAACUGGGACAUUUCCAUUUUCAGCGCCCACCUUCUCAGAGCUUUGGAAGCAGGUGGUACAAGGGAGGUUUGAGGUCCCAAACCAGCUUUCCGAAGAGCUACAGGGCCUAAUCAGACACUUACUAACUGUCAACCCCAGCCAGAGGCCAACCAUUAAAGAGAUCGAAAGUCACUCAUGGCUCAGACACGAGAGCGCGUCAGCUCACAACGAAGAGACAAUCCCAAGCCUCCCAGACCCUGCAAUCAUGGCUGCCAUGGCCAACAUUGGCUUUGACAUCCAAGAUAUAAGAGAUGCUUUACUGCACAGGAGAUUUGAUGAGACAAUGGCAUCGUACUGCUUACUACACUACCAGGCACGCCAGGAACACGGCUGCUCAGCCCACCCCAAUCUCAGGGACACAGAGCUGACACAUUUCACCUCACCCACAGAUCCCGUCUCUUUCCCUUUGCCUCUGAGGAGGAGGGCCAGCGAACCUGCCCUUUGGACAGUCUUACCUUCAACAAAAGACCAGAGGCUAGAGAUUGUCCGACAGCCCAGACAAAGGGGCGACAGAAGCGCCAUUGAGCAGGACAACCCUCUCUGCUUCUACUCUUGGCACGUUCUUGGCACCGCUCACCUGUGUGGCAUUGGUGUUCCCCACAUUUCUUCACUGACCAGCCGUCAGGGGAACACAGAAAACAUGACAUUAUGCAAGAAGAAGCCCCUCCCCGAUGAGCCAGACCGUGGGGAGAGUGCAGCCUCAAGUCCCGGACAGCAAAGUGACUGGAAGGAGUGGCCAAGGAGGAUUGGGAAACAUCUAUGGAAGCUUUGCUGCUGCACAGAAGGAACCUCAGGGAUGGCAGUGCAGGGUACCGCCCAGAAAUGAGGGGACAAAAUGAAUGACUGUCAUAGAAAAUUUAGGUAUGCACCCCAGGUCCAUUUCUGUGUUCAAUUGUAUCUCUGCUUUUAUUAAUUUCCUUGUCAAUUGACAGAUCCUAAUUACAAGCAUUUACAUGGUCAAGUGUGUGGAAGGCUGGAUCUAGACGCUGUGGGAUGGUUUAAUCAAGGCCAUCAAUGCUGUAGGACAUGUAUGAGUCCCUUUCCCAUGCAUCCUUGUAUCAUAAGUGGCCAGGCAGAGAAUGGAGACCUCCAUAAUCCCAAGGUCAUAGUGUUAGGACAGUCUUUGUCUGGACACCAAGAACUGUAGGAUGGAGCCAUGAAGGAACCUUAGAUGCUCUCUCUGUGACCUCCAUUCCCACCCAGAGGCCUGAUUCAGCCAGGAGGCCAGCAGAAAGUGGGGGAGACUUCCAGUGUGGGGUAGUGCAGUCAUCUGGGAUGCUAGAUAGCAGGGGUAGACAUAGACCUCACAUCAGCAACAGAUAAAAGACCCCAGCAGCCAGGAAUUGGGGGGGACCCUGAGUUAGGCUGUGGGGUCUCCCAGCCUUUUCCAGCUUCCUCUGAAGGAAGGAGAGUAGAAUAUUAACUCUGAUUAAAAUUCUCCCCCAUUUUAACCAUUUUACUUUCUCUCCCUGGAUUUGACAGACCUUCUUUGGU